AAAAGUUUCAUCUUCGGGCGGGGCCGCCAUUCAUUUCAGUAAUUUCCGUCAUUUCUGAGUCAAACAGGUUGGAUUUCCUACUAGGGGUCUUGGAAAUUCCGUUAUUUUUCGAUUUAGGAUGAAAUAUUGAAACAACUAAUUUGAAGAAGCCACGAAGGAGUUCAGGAUCUUCUUCUCGCCCUGAGGACCGCCUGUGACCAGUCAGCCGCCGGUGACGGUCAGGAUGGGCGGGGUGUACCGCCGACAGGCCGGGCUCGCCGAUGACGUGCUGUGCGCGCUGGUGCUACCGGCCGCCGUCUACGUCAGCUCGUCGGGCGGCGAGGCUGCCACUGCCGGCGUGCUGGCCGCCGUGGCGCUGUUCGCCUGUCUCUCCGAGUUCCACUGCGAGUCGGCGCUGAGCCUGGGCGGCGGCGCGGCCGCUGUGCUGACAGCGGGCUGGGCGCUGGCGCUGCCGUUCGGCCAGGUGGCGCGGCUGGCGCUGCUGGCCGCCGCCGAGCUGCUGACGGCCGGCACGCUGCUGACGCGCGGCGGCGGCAGCGCCACCGGCGGCGAGGCGCUGCUGCUGGGCCAGGCGGCGGCUCUGCUGUGCGCCGCCUCGGCCGGCCAGCUACCGGAGCUGCUGCUGUUCGGGUCGCCGCUGUACGUCAGCGAGCGGGCGGCCGUCAUCCACCUGCUGCAGACCGCCUUCUGCCUGCUGCUGGGGCUGCUGCUGCUGCUCUCCUACCUGCCGUCGGCGCGGCAGUCGGCCUGGCUGCACCUGCUCCUGGUGCUGCUGGCCGGCGCCAUCAUUGUCACCACCUCGGUCAUCAUCAACACCAACUGCCUGCUGUGGAUGGUGGAGUUCGCCACCGGCAGCGCGCCGCGGCUGCGCCUCCUCACCAUCUGGGCGUCCCUGCUGGGCGGCGCGGUGCUGUUCGCCGCCGCGCUGGGCGCCUCCGGCUCCGGCGGCGGCCUGUCGCGCGCCGUGCUCAGGAAGCUGUUCCACCUGCUGAUCUGCGCGGUGUUCGUGCCGGGCCUGCUGUACGACCCCCUGCUUCUGCUGGCCGCCUCCGGAGGCAUCACCUUCCUCUUUAUCAUCGCCGAGAUCGCGCGGGCGUGUCGGCUGCAGCCGUGGGCGGACAUCAUCCAGCGCUGGUUCCGACCGUUCCUCGAUUCCAAGGACGGCGGCUUCCUGGUGCUCUCCAACAUCUUCCUCGUAGCGGCGUGCUCGGGCGUGCUGUGGUACCACGCCGGCGAGGUGACGGCGGCCGGGCGCCGUCAGGACCUCAGUCUGUUCGCUGGUGUCAUCACUGUGGGUAUUGGAGACACGGUGGCUGCCGUGGUCGGCUCUCGGUACGGCCGGACCCGGUGGCCGCAGUCUUCAAAAACCAUAGAGGGAAGUCUGGCCGCUAUCGCCGCCCAGCUGCUGUUCUGUUAUGCGCUGGACCAUACCGGGUACCUGUACAUCGGUCAGGAGAUGUGGCGCGCGCUGUGUGUCGCCAUCGGGGUCACCACCCUGGCGGAGGCGUUCACGGCGCAGGCCGAUAACCUGCUGCUGCCGCCGCUGUUCGUCAUCGCGCUCCGGCUGGCGCAGCGGCACUGGUAAUGAAUUGUCAUGGCGACGGGUCGACGGUUGUCAUGACGCCGAUUCGACGAUCGUUAUGGCGACGGGUCUAUGUGGUCAGUAGUGCCUCAGAGCAAGCCAAACUGGUUCUCUUUACUCCAUGCAAUGAUUGUACCUUACUUGUAAAGUUUUGCUACUCUGCUCAGGAACUUCCACAGCAAAGUUAGGUGUAUGCCAUGCAACAGCAUGAAGUGUAUUGGGUCUGUGCUUUUGGGCAUUAUGUAUUAUGGUUAGUUGACGUCGGGUAGCUAAAUAGUUUGAUCGUAGAGUUGUUACGGGAGGACAUGGGUUUAUACUUUUGUACGACAGGUGAUGAAUAUACGUCAAUGAUGCUAUGAUUCAUGCAUGACUCGCUCGCUUCUCCCGAGCCUAAUUCGACUCAAUCGAGCAUCUAGCGAUGACUCGAAUAAGACCACAAAUGGUAUAAUUAUCUGUGAUUUACCGUGAUUCCACAUACAUGACAGAACUUUGUUACCAACUGCGUUACGUAUGUCAUUUUCCAAAUAAAUAUUUAUUGGUGCCGGGCUACCCCGCGUUUCCCUCCCG